UUCACACUGAAGCCGUUCACUUGCACGUUCGUCCUUCCGGCGCCGAACAGCAGCAGCACCCGCAUAAAUACCACCCGGCCGCCCCGCUCCCGUGUCCACCGCAAACACAACCCAACCCAACACACACACGCCUAGCUCUAGCUUGCUUUUGAGAGAGAGAGAGAGAGAGAGAGAGAGAGAGAGAGAGAGAGGAUGGCGGGAGCGGUGAACGGCGUGGAGGCAGCGCAGGCUCAGGGCGGCGCGGCGGCGGCGGCGGGGGAGGCGGCGAUCAGGCACCGGACGGUGGAGGCGAACGGCAUCGCGAUGCACGUGGCGGAGUCCGGGCCGGAGGACGGCCCGGCGGUGCUGUUCCUGCACGGCUUCCCGGAGCUGUGGUACUCGUGGCGGCACCAGAUGGCGCACCUCUCCGCGCGGGGCUACCGGUGCGUGGCGCCCGACCUGCGCGGCUACGGCGGCACGGAGGCGCCCGCCGACGUGGCGUCCUACACCGCCUUCCACGUCGUCGGCGACGCCGUCGCGCUGCUCGACGCCCUCGGCAUCCGCAAGGUGUUCGUGGUGGGACACGACUGGGGCGCCAUCAUCGCGUGGUACCUCUGCCUCUUCCGCCCGGACCGCGUGACGGCGCUCGUCAACACCAGCGUCGCCUUCAUGCGCCACGUCUUCAUCCGCGCCGGCCCCGACGCCGUCAAGACCACCGACUACUUCAACCAAGCCUACGGCCCGACCUACUACAUCUGCCGCUUCCAGGAGCCCGGCGUGGCGGAGAAGGAGUUCGCGCCGGCGCACGCGAGGCACCUGAUGACGCGGAUCCUGAGCGACCGCUUCAGCGAGCGCGCGGCGGGCAAGGAGCCCAAGGACGGCGGCGGCGACGACGCCGACGCGGCGCUCCCGCCGUGGCUCACGGAGGCGGACAUCGACUACUUCGCCGCCGCGUUCGAGAAGACGGGCUUCACGGGCGCCAUCAACUACUACCGCAACAUGGACCGGAACUGGGAGCUGGCGGCGCCGUGGGCGGACGCCAAGGUGACGGUGCCCACCAAGUUCAUCGUGGGGGACGGGGACCUGACGUACCACUACGCGGGGAUCCAGGACUACCUGCACAAGGGCGGGCUCAAGGCGGACGUGCCGCUGCUGGAGGAGCUGGUCGUCGUCCCCGGCGCCGGCCACUUCAUCCAGCAGGAGCGGGCGCAGGAGGUCAGCGACCACAUCUACAGCUUCAUCGCAAAGUUCUGAAGAACAGCUGAAAAUCGAUCGUUCGUCGUGUGUUGUCAGUUUGAUCAUCGUUCGUUUCGUACUUUCAUUGGUUGUUCGUUGGCCUGGCCUGUCAAUUCAUCGCAUCAGUUACCGUGGAUAAUAGUAAUUUCUCUGCUUGAUCGACGGAGCUCUGUUUCUGUAUGCCCAUGCGUAUGCAUGGUCACGUCAGAACUCUUUACUAAUAACAGUUUGUCUAUAAAAGGGCAAACGUGGUCAUA